AUGAGGAGUGAUGAAGGGAUACCACUUGUUAGAGCUCAAAUAGAUAAAAGUUAUUAUACUGGUCAAGAAAGAUCAACUGGAGAAGUUGGUACCAGUGGAAUAUCACGACGAAUUCUACAGGGUUUAACAAUAAUGUCUGUUUUAGUUGCAUGUGGUUGUUCAAUAUAUGGAUCAGUUCAAGCUGAAUCACCAUUUAUUAUUUUACCAUUUCUUGUCGUUAUAUUAUGGAUUUUUAUUCAUUUUCUUCUUUUAUUUUUUGCACAACGACAACAACAUGAAUUUCAUCCACCAGCAUGGUUUAUAUUUGUUUCAAGUGGACAUAUAUUUAUACAAUCAUUAAUUGUUAUAAUUUUAACACUUUUUAAAAAACAAACUUAA